AUGGCUGGUAACAAGCAGAAGGAGCCUUUCUGGCUUGGAGGUGCUGCGGCCUCGAUGGCUGUUUGCUUCACUCACCCUCUGGACCAAACGAAAUAUCGCAUGCAGGUUUUAAAGUCUAGAGAAUCCAUGUUCCGGGCCAUGUACCGCUUCGCGGCCCGCGAUGGCUUUUUUUCCCUCUGGUCUGGACUGUCGGCUUCAAUAUUCCGACAAACAACAUACUCCACCGCUCGGUUCGGUCUCUAUAACUACUUUGCGCAACAAGCCAAACAAUACACCGGAACAGAAAAGCUAUCAACAGCCCUUACGAUAACAUGCGCUGGCCUGGCGGGUGGCAUGGCUGGUUUGGUUGGGAAUCCCGCCGAGGUCGUUCUUGUUCGCAUGUGCGCCGAUGGCGCGAAGAACGUUAGCGAAAGAUUUGCCUACUCCAACGCCCUGGAAGGUCUCUAUCGGAUCGGCAGGGAGGAAGGUAUCAGCACCUUUGGAAGAGGCAUUUCAGCAAACGUAGUACGCAGCGUUCUCAUGAACGUGGGACAGAUUGCCACAUAUUCGACAGCGAAAAGAUACCUCUUGGCCAAGACCGAAAUGAAGGACGAUAUCAAAACCCACGCCGUGGCGUCCUUGUUCGCUGGAACCGCGGCGACGACAAUUUGCGCCCCGGCAGACGUGCUCAAGAGCAGAAUCCAAAGCGCCGCCGCCAGUGGCCCGGGAGGAAACUCCCUGCUCCAGAUUGUCAAGACUGGACUCCGAGAAGAGGGCCCCAGGUUUCUCAUGAAAGGAUGGACCCCGGCGUGGUUGAGACUGACGCCGAACACCGUAUUGACAUUUGUGUUUAUGGAGCAGCUGCGCAAGCUGGCGCAAUGGCAAUUCGUGGCCCCCGUGGAGACGACCUUGAAAGCUUGA